AUGAGCCUGAUCAUACAGUCGCCAUUUCCUUCGUUGUCUACAAACAACUUCGUAUCUCAAGGUAGCGCCGGUCAGGUCUUUGCAAUCACCAGAAAUAUUGCCUUCAAGUGCCCAAUCCUCUUCAAAGAGGUCAAUCUUGGUCCGGAUGACAAGGUUUGGAUGCAACAGAAUGUAAAAAGGCUUGAGAAUGAGAAGCGGAUUUACAGGCUGCUGAGUUCACACCCGCAUCCUCAUCUUCUCCAGGCGAUUUUGUGUACACGCGAAGGUAUCUUUAUGCCCAGGCUCGAUACAACUCUUGCGAUUCGCCUUCGCACACAAACAAGUCCCGACCUACAAGAACGCUGGAUACAACAACUCGUCAGCGCGGUGGCAUGGCUUGAAGAGCUAGGUCACGCCCACGGCGAUCUACGACCACACAACAUCUUUCUGGAUCAGUCGAGCAACAUUGUAGUCGGUGAUUUUGACGCGACCGUCCCAUUCGGUGCCGAGUUGCAGCUUUCCACGUUACCCUUUUGCAAAGUGGACGAGGACUUUGAAACUCCUCGUGCGGGUGCCGAGACUGAGCAGUUCUCGCUGGGCUCGUGUAUAUACAACAUACGAUUUGGCUUUGCGCCCUUUUCCGAUCUUGGGCUCGAGUCGCCGGUGUGGCGUAAGAGACUUGUGCGAAAGGAGUUUCCGUCUACCGAGGGUGAUGUGUAUGGGUCCAUCAUUCAAAGCUGCUGGUAUGGCGUUUACCCCUCUAUUCGCGCUCUUCAGGAUGAGCUUCUCAAGAUUUCGGAUCCGAGGUUGACGGCGGAGCGAGGAUUGACAAGGGCGAGGAGGACUUCUUGGCUGCAUUCGUGGUUUCUGCUCGCUCAGUGUCGGGAGUGGGUCGCAGGGCAACGUCUUUGUUUGGCGCCUGGGUUUGCUGGCAAGAUUUGGCUGCGAUAUCAGUUGACUCUAUGGUCAAUUGCAAGGUUUGGUCUGGGGUGUGCUGUGUGGUAG